AAGGGCGAUCGCGGCCCGAUUUGGGUUGGCUUCUUGGCUUCUUUUUACAAGGACUUUGGGCUGCAGUGUCACUGGCCAGUCGAAGGUCACCUCCAUCAAUUCGACGGGACACCUCCAUCGCUGCCUUCCGUCAUAAUACAUUGCCGGGAGAUGCCCAUUUGGCGGGACUACGGAAGUAACGGCGGGCGGGCAGGCCGGAAUGGUGGCCGCAGAUCUGAGGGUUGGCGGUUUGGAUUUUGCAGCGCACAUGCCAGCUCGACGAGUUGA